AUGUUAGAGGGAGAGUUCAAUUCCAUGGUUGAGCUGUACAAAACCAGUCCCAACUUUGUCCCAAAGCCUUAUGCAUGGGGUCAACUCAGUGUAUCCCGCCCUGCCACGUAUUACCUCUUGUGUGACUUUAUCGAGAUGGGCAACAAGAACCCAGAUCCUGUCCAACUCGCCACCAAGCUCGUCCAGUUACAUCAGUCAAGCAAAUCUCCCACAGGCAUGUUUGGCUUUCACAUCGAUACAUGCCAGGGCAGUCUUCCUCAACAGACGGCAUGGAACCAAAGCUGGGUCGACUUUUAUAUCCAGCUGGUCAGGGGGGCGAUGGCACUCAACACAGAAAGAAAUGGCAACUGGAAGAACCUGGAACAACUUGUCGAUCGACUCAUUACGCAUGUAGUCCCUCAAGUUCUAGGACCUUUGGAAGCCGAUGGUCGGGUCGUAAAGCCAACUUUGAUCCACGGCGACCUGUGGGAUGGAAAUAUUGGAACCAACCUUGAAAACGGGGAGCUUUACAUCUUUGACGCAAGUGCUUACUAUGCACAUAACGAGAUGGAAAUAGCUAUGUGGCGUGCAAGGUUCUGCAAAACCAUGAGCGCGAAAAUCUACCUCAAUUCCUAUCUCAACCGAAUGGGCAUCAGUAAGCCCGUGGAUCAAUUUGAAGAUCGCAACCGGAUCUACAGUGUAUACAUGACCCUACAUGAAUCAGCUUGCCAUAACGGCUCGAAUUUCCGGGAAGAGUAA